AUCCAAUUCCUAAAUGCAUGUUUCAAUAAAUUAAGCUCCGAAAAAGAUGCCACCACCACCAACAUUAGCAUUUACUUUACCAGGGUUUACCAUCGCCAACGGCAUCUUCAGCCCCCAAAGUCUUCUUUUUCACUCACCAAAACAGAGGAGAUACCCCCACAAGUAGUCUAAAGGAUUUUGAAGAAAAAAAUGUCACACAAGUCACCCAUUUUUCCCUUACCAGAGUCUCAACACUUCAGUGACUAUGGCUUUGACCCUCAAAUCGAUUACUUUCAGGUGUUAGAAGAAGCAAGGAAGCAGAAGAAAGAGUUAUCAAGAUCCAUUGACUCGUUUCACUUCAAGCUUCAGAAACCCAUCUCAAGAGAAGAGUCCAAGGUCAAGAAGACCCUCUAUAACAAGGCUAAGAAGAAACGCUGGUGGAGAAACGCUCUGUUGUUCUUCAAAUGGAAGUGGCUCUCCAACAACCACCAUGAAUGUGAUGAUAUUCAGACUAAUAAUUUUGAACAUGAUGUGCAUCACGCAAGAGCUAGAGCUUUCAGGGCUUCAAUGUCGGGUCCACUUUACAUAACGGAGAGCAGAAGUGGGUCAAGUACUCCAUAUAGAAGCACAAGCCGGCCAUCUUCAGGCCCACUUGCCCGAAUUCUCUCUCCGGUGAACAGGAGUGAGUUUCAAGUUCCGUAUUUGAGUCUCAGGGAGCUCAACAUGGAGCAGCAACAACGCCAGAGAAUGUCUACUUCUUCAAUGCCACUAUAUUUGGUGACUUAGAAUAUUUUAAGUUCUCUCGUAUAUAAUAUAAAUUUUAAGUUUUCUUAAAGAUUUGGUUUUUGAGCUUGUGGUUGUGGGGGCUCUCUUAGGUAUUUCGGAUUUCCCCGCCAUCUGGUUUCUGUAAAUUAGCUGCAAAGGUGUUUGUUUGCUUGAUCCUCUGGUUAUGGUGGAGGGAGGAAAGGCUGAAUUCUCCUCCCCCUUUUGUGUUCAAUUUGUAUUUAUCAUUUUAUUGAUUUCUGCAACUAAUGAAGUCGGUCACUUCAUAUUUCCUUUA